AUCGAUCGCAAUUCUCCAACUACAUCUCUUUUGCGUCGUGUCCUGUUCCUCAUCUUGGUAAGAUGGUUUUGAGAAUCCACUCGGCUCUACUUCCCCUCUGAGGACCAAUAGUCUGUGCCAUCAUUUGACAUCUCGAUCAACCCCUCACUCACUCAACGUGCCUACCUACCUACCUUACCUUACCUACCUGACAAAACCCCGCCCCACGACGCCGGUUCACCAGCCGCACACCCCGGGCUGUACACCUUCAUCUUGACUCCUUUUCCUCAUGGCGUCCUUUGAGAUGGCGGGAUCUCAUCCCGAAGACACGAUCGACGCCAAGUGUGCUAUCGACGACUCAGUUGACGAAGAUGAAGAGAUGGUCGAGAUUCGGAGGAUCCAGUCCGCAGAACACAAGCGGCAACGAAAAGACUCUACCGCCCAACGCGUCCAGUCGAUCGUGCCAUUUCACUUUAGUCCGUUAUUCCUCCCGCUCACCGUGUCGAGCGUCAACUCGUGCCAGGCUCUGGAGGAUGCCGCGUUUACGAAUCCGAAUCACCGAUGCCAUCCCGAACAGUUCCAAUACCGUCUUUCCCAAUGCUCAGACAUCUGCUUCGGCCUCUUCUGCAGCGUCAAGCCAUCCGAGGCAAAAGGCUUUGGUCUGGAAACCCUCGCGACGGCGAAUCCCGUCGAGACGAACAGAGAGGACGGCGAGGUCCUCGUCCUCUGUGCGCAUGCCGUCGCAACCAUGGGCAAGAGCCCCGUCGUGACUGAUGACGACCUGAGAUACCCGCAGAACUGGCGUGACGCCGAUGCAGCCAAGUCAGCCAAGGUCGGACACCAGCAACAUGGCAGGACCGUCUGUCUGCAUUCGCUUGCUGUUUCCCCGAAACUGCACGGCACUGGCAUAGGCAAAUUAACUUUGACAUCGUAUAUCCAGAUCAUUAACGACUCGGGCGUUGCUGACCGGAUCGCCUUGAUCUGCGAGGAUCAUCUUGUAGGGUUUUACAAGAAGUUCGGGUUCAGGGAACUGGGCGCGAGUCAAGUGACCUUCGGAGGCGGCGGCUGGUACGAUAUGGUUCUCGACCUUGAUGGCCCCGCUCAGAAGGGCUGAAAUAGCCCCCCCUGGCAUUGAGCAAUUUCCUUCGUGUACAGGCGUUCGAGCGGGGUUGUGAGAUCUUAAUCCUCAUAUGACGCCUACCUGUUCUACAAGAGUACCGCCCCCCUCUGCUAGACAGGCAGCCAGUUUAGUUUAUUCAGAAGCCUGAACUACCUUUUGCUAGCUACUCGUAACACCUGGGUGGAACCUUGGGCGCAAAAGCAGUGCUCGUCCUCCUCUCUGCUCACAUCUGCAGUGAUAAACUAGAAACUUAAUCGCUAGCCUUGUACUUGGCCCGGUACUCCUGAGUGCGCUUCGUGUCCUCCUCAGAAGCGAAUCCCUUCAUGCCCUCGAUGAUGUCGUCCAGCGUCAGGAUGGCGUAGAUGGGGAUACCGUACUCCUUCUUGAUCUCGCCCAUGGCGCUGGGCAUGGGCUUGGAGUCAUCGCCGUCGGGCGACGGCAGCUUCUCCAUGCGAUCAAGCGCGACAACAAUGCCGGCAACCUCGCCGCCCUCGGCGCGAAUCUUGGCAAUGGCCUCGCGCUUGGCGGUUCCGGCAGUGAUGACGUCGUCGACGAUGAGGACUCGCUUGCCCUUGAGAGGGGCGCCGACAAUGUUGCCGCCCUCGCCGUGGUCCUUGGCCUCCUUGCGGUCGAAGGAGUAGCAGGUGUGGCCAAAGGUGGCCGAGUCGAGCUCGGCGAGCUUGUCUACGGCGGCGGUGGCGAGGGGGAUGCCCUUGUAGGCAGGCCCGAAGACAAUGUCGAAGCGCAGCGGGUUCGCGGCGUCCUUGGUCGCCUCGAUGAUGGCGUGGGCGUAGGCGAGGGAGAUGGCGCGCAAGAGGUCGGCCCGGUAGAAGUCGCCAGCGUUGAAGAAGUAGGGGCUGAUGCGCUUGGACUUGAGCUCGAAAGAGCCGAACUUGAGAAUCUUGCCUGAGAUGGCGGCCUGGAGGAAGUCCUGCUUCCACUGUGGGAGUUGGCCGGCCAUGGUGGAUGUGUGGUGGUUGUUGCGAAAGGGAUGGAUGGCGGGGUACUGAGAUGCGCCGGGGAAAAUGAAGCAGAUAUGAUGAAGAAGGCGUGAGGUAUUGAGUCGUGGUUCGGUGUGCAACAACCAAAUCACGUCAAGGUCUUCUUCCAGGUUGUCCUC